GAGAGAGAGAGAGAGAGAGAGAAUAAUGCAGAUAAUUCUUAUAUACAAUUCUGCUGGCUGUUGGCCUGGGUACUUUGGAUUUAGGUGUGACUUCAAUUGUCGGUAUCCAAACUUUGGAAAGUACUGCCAAGAAAGAUGCGAUUGUUUAAAAAACGAAUGUGAUAACGUUCUUGGAUGUAGAGAGAACAUGAAGGAGAAAAGUUUCCAUUUAAUAAAGAAGGCCAGAUCAAAACAAGCACCGUCCGUGUCUAUAGCAUCGGUUAGUUCAGUGUUGUCUUUAAUACUUGUCAUGAGGGCCGUGUUCUGGUUUUACAAAUUCAGAAUUAGAACAUGGUUCAACAAAAGACGAGAAGAUGGAUUAGUUCACAGAAAUAAAGCACCGCCCCAGAGCAAACCAAUAAACUGCAUUGAAACUGAAAACCAGGACAGAGCAAGCUUUUGCUACUUUUCCAACAUACAUGUAAAAAGACAAAACCAAAACUCUGACAUAAACAUAAGAAAUGCAGUAUGCCAGUUAGACGUGUCCAAUCUCUACGAGGCAGUGGAGUAUCCAACCUCUGGUGCAGAUGAUUCAUUUAGUGCUCCGUAUCCCAAGCCCAGUUUCAUAUUCGUUUACUCUAAAGAUGAUAAUGAACUUCUGAUACCUAUUGAUCAGUAACAAUAAAAGGAGUUUUUGAUGAAACCUAACAUGAAACAGGCUAUUGAAAUACACUGAUUUGAUUGUAUUAUUUGACUAUCAUAGUUAAGAUAUUAGAAUAUUUUUUUUUAUCAAAAUAAGAAUCAGAAGUAGUGAAAUUGUGAAAAAUUCAAAAUUGUUGAUGAAAACUAUUUGCUGAAGAAUUUUUUGUUGUUUUCUUGAACGCCAAGCAUAUAACAAAAAAUAAACU